AUGAUAAAAGUCGUUUUUUCUCUAUUUGACGAGGAUAAUAAUGGGUAUUUGGAUUAUGAAGAAUUAAAGUUCGCACUGAAAGCUUUGGGGUUUUUGGUAAAGAAAGCAGAAGUUGUGAUGGCCUCUACCAGUUAUGCAUGGGAAGAUGAAGCAAGGCGCACAGUUCUUGACAGCCAUGCAGCUUUAGGACGAAUGCAACAAAGUAUUGCUAAUUCCCAUCGCGUUGCCAUUGAGACUGAAGAAAUAGGUACAGAAGUUGUUUCUGAAUUGGAACAACAACGAGAAACACUGUUAAGAAGUAAACAACGUUUGGAAAAUACUAGUGAUGUUUUAGAUCAUUCCCGUUCUGUUAUGAGAAAAAUGACAUGGAAUGUUCUGACAAAUAAACUAAUUCUCAUUCUAAUUAUCAUAUUGGAAAUUGGAAUAUUAAGCUGUACAGUUUAUUUGAAAUUUUUUAAAUAGUCGAAUAUUCCAUAAUGUUGAAGAUGUAUUUUAAUGUUCUUUGCAUGAGAGUCAAGUGAAGUUACUAAAAGGACGUCUCAUCAUGAAAUUACUGAGUGUUGUGGAUGUAUUUUGUGGUGGAUUCAUCAGUUGGAUGUGGAAAGGUCUGGGUUAUUUUGCACAUCUGUUCCUUCAUAUGUUUUUGUAAGAAUAUUGUCAAAUUGUUUAAAUGCAUGUAUUAUGUUGUUGUAUAAAUGGAUACAAUUUUUUUCAUGUAUGGUAAUUUAGAGUAUUGACAUUGAGUUAAUGUUACUAGUUGCCCAACUUUUUGAAAGUAUGAAUAUUUUCAUCUUUCAAUAUUUCAACAAGAUGAAAUGUGUAAACUACAAAAAUUAAAUUUAAAAGCAGAUGAAAAAACACUGUUUAUCAAGUUCAUUCCCUUCUGCAUGCAUUUUAUUGUGUAGAUACAAUUGUAAUGAUAUUUCCACAAAAAGUAGACACAUGUUUAAUGUUGUAGACACAAAGUUGAAAUGUAAUGCUGUCCGAGUUCCUAAUGAAUCUGAAGAUAAAUUCAAAAAAAUAAUGUAAAUUACUAUAAUAUUUUUGCUAAGGAAGAGAGGUAACAUAAUUUGACCCAAAUUCUUAAAUGUGAGAAAUGACGUGAAAGCUAUAAGUAAAUUUUUGUAUAUAAUUAAGUGGUUUUGUAUAAAAUUAAUAAUUUCCUUGGCUCCAUGUAGUAGAGAGUAAAAGUAUUGCAAUCAGACUUCCUAGAUGCAGGGACAAGAAUGGGAGAAAGGGUGCACCAUGAAUACCUGCCUCGAGUGAUUCUGAAUCAUGCUACAUCAUUGUUAAUGAGUACUCUGAUUAUAUUACUGACAUUUGAAAAUAAUAAAUAAUUAGAAUCUAAA